AUGAGUUGGCUGCACCGUGAGCUGGAAACCAUGGAUCCCUCGAUCUUUUUACAAUAUUCACCUUCCCCUCCAAAUGGACUACCACAAGAAUCGAAGUUGGCAACCUACAUGAAUCGUUCCACUUCUACUCCCACGAGAUCCCUCAACCAGGCUCUUGGCAAACUCAGCUUGGAGUCUUCACCUACUGCAAUUAAGAAGGUGGUGAUAACAGAAUUUGUUCCAAUGAACUAUUUUCCUCCACCUAGCCUACUUCAGCCAGACUCUCCAGAAAGUUCUUCCCCUUCUACUAUGUCAGCAGUUCCCAAUACUUCUCAAGUACAUCAGGAAAAUGUUGGUGGUACUACAUACUUCUACUCCACCAACUCUGAUAGUCUGAACACUUCAGGAGCCUUGAACUCCUCCACAUCCAUUGGCCCUUCGGAGUCAUGCUUGAGUGGUGCCGUGGGCGGCGCGGCCUCGCCGUACGCCACUCAGAUCUACUCUGGAACACCAACCCAUAUGGGUCCAAUGACUUCGAAACAAGGUCUGGCCGCAUCUUUCUACAUGCCCGAGACGAUCCGCUCUGAGAUUUACGAGAGAAACGACGAUGUCUUCUUGCAACCAGAUCUUCGCCAGUAUCCAGAUUUACCAGAAAACGUGGAAAUGUAUUCCGAACUGACGCCAUUAGAGAGUAUCGCACCGCACUGUAUUGCGACAUCAUACCGCGCCACACACCGGCAGAGCGGUGAACAUUAUGCUCUCAGGCGCUUACAUUCAUACUCCACGUCUAUCACAAAACGCCUGGAGAUGUGGAAGCAGAUUGACCAUCCCAACGUCGUGAAGCUACACGACUGGUUCACUACUAAAGCUUUCGGGGACCACUCGAUGGUGCUGGUGUACACCUACCACCCAGCCUGCACGACUUUGAUGAAUAAAUAUCUGUCCGGUGGCGCUGGAAACGCCGUCAACGAUGCGAACGGUGCCUUCCACGACCCGUUCUCUUCCGACCCGGAUGCACCCCGUCCAUAUACUCAUCAGAAAAAUGCGAUGCUCCGCGCGGUGGCGAGUGGUGCUUUGCUCCCCGAGGCUGUACUGUGGAGUCUCCUUGUUCAACUCACGGCGGCGCUAAGAGCAAUACACACUGCCGGACUAGCGUGCAGUAGCUUGGAUCCCACGAAGGUGGUCAUGAAUGGCUGUCGCGUGCGCAUAUCCUGGUCCGGAGCCACCGACGCUCUGCAUGCUAACAGUACUGAUAUCGCGCAGGCACAGCAAGACGACCUGACGGCUCUGGGUAGACUCGCGCUGGCGCUGGCCUGCCGCACCAUCCACUGCGACAACCUCGCCGCCUCCAUGGAGCUCGUCGCGCGAACCUACUCCGCCGACCUAAAGAACCUUAUACUGUAUUUAUUAUCGUCGUCGACUGCUCGCCGCUCCGUCACUGAUCUCAUGCCGAUGAUAGGUGCCAGGUUUUACACGCAGGUGGAGGCGUUGGAGCGACGUGCCGAUGUAUUCGAAGACCAACUGGCUCGCGAGAUUGAUAAUGGAAGACUGCUACGCAUACUCAUCAAAUUAGGAGUAGUUAACGAGAGGCCCGAGUUGAACCUCGACGCGUCUUGGUCUGAGACUGGUGACCGGUACAUGUUGAAACUGUUCCGGGAUUACUUGUUCCACUCAGUGACCGCGGACGGCAGGCCCUGGCUCGACCAGGCGCAUUUGGCGCACUGCCUCAAUCAACUCGAUGGCGGCACUACGGCUAGGGUGGAACUGAUGUCGCGCGACGAGCAGAGCGUGCUGGUGGUGUCGUACGCCGAGCUGAAGCACUGCCUCGAGCAGGCAUUCGAGGAAGUGAUGCAGGCGGCCGCCGCCGAGCCCUAG